AUGCAAUCAAUUUCAAGUGAAACAAAAGUGUGUGAUGCUUGUCGAUCUGCUUAUUACAAGUGGAAAAGACAGAAUCCUGAUUUUGGUGACUUAUUAUCACGUAUUGAAGAAGAAGAAUUGGCUGAGGCUGACGAUAAUGUGGAUAUGAAUCAGAAUAACUCGAUGGAUUCAGAUAUUAUUGAUGUAGCAAAGGUAGCAAUUACAUCCGAUACGAAUUCAACGUUCGGCAUAACACAGGAAACUAUCACUUUGCCAAUGAAUUGCACCACUUCAUCUCACAAAACUUGUUGCAUUUGUUCGGCUAAUAUGGAAAGAAACUCAAGAACAGUAUCAGCAGAAGACCGUGAUCUUAUUUUUUUGAAAAAAAAUAUUCUAAUACCUGAAGGUGCUCGGUGUUGUUCUCAACAUUUAGAUGAUGAUCGAUUGACAAAGAACGCGGUCGACAAAGUUGGACCGUUCUCGAUACAAAGCAAACGAUUUAGUUCAAGUGAUGUACAAUUACUGAUAAGUAGAUGGCAAAUCUUAUUUGAACAGCAAAAACGCUUUGAUUUUGACAAUCCUUUAUCUUUAUCCGAUGAUGAAUAUCAAAUCUUAACAAGUUUAACAAAAGUUCAAUUUGAAGAUCUAGCUUCAUAUCUAUUUCAUUCUAAUAUUCGUAAUUCCAGCAAUAGAUCUAUUAGAACUGCACUUGCCAUUUUAUUAUGUAAACUUCGACUUGGAUUAUCGCUUAAUAUUUUGGCUGUGUUAUUCCAACUACCAGACAAAAAAGCAGUAUCUCGAUCUCUUAAAACUGUCCGAGCUGCAUUGAUGGCCCGAUUUGUACCAAGCAAUUUAGGAUUCAAUCAUAUCACACGACAGGAAAUUAUCGAUCAACAUACUUCAACAAUGGCUCGGCGACUUAUGUGUGAUGCUGAAUCUAAUACAGCGAUUGUUGUGAUAGAUGGAACAUAUUUAUAUAUUCAGGUAACGAAAAAGAUUUCGUUCUUCUGA